AUGGCCUUGAGCAGCACCCAAAGAGCCUCUGAACAAUCAACUCCUCGUUGGAAACACGAUGUGUUUUUGAGUUUCAGGGGUGAAGAUACCCGCAAGGGUUUUAUAUCCCAUUUAUACCACGAACUGGACUACUGGCAGGCAAUUAAAACCUUCAAGGACAACCGAGAUCUUGAAAGAGGGACAAGUAUUUCUCCAGAGCUCUUGCGUGCGAUUGAAGAAUCGCAGCUUGCCAUCAUUGUUCUCUCACCAAACUAUGCUUCUUCCACCUGGUGCCUGGAUGAGCUUACAAAAGUUGUGGAAUGCAUGGAAGCCAGGGACACAAUUUUGCCAAUUUUUUAUGGUGUGGAUCCCUCUCAAGUACGAAAUCAAACCGGGAGUUUUGCAGAGGCCUUCACUGAGCAUAAAGAAAAGUUAAUUACCAAAAAGAAGGUGGAGCAGUGGAAAGCUGAUUUAACAAAAGUGGCCAAUCUUUGUGGGUGGGAUUCAAAGAAUUUUAAGUGUGAAAGAGAGCUUAUUGAGGACAUCGUCAAAUGUGUGUGGAGGAAAGUGCAUCCUUCACUCACCUUGUCAAAUUAUCCACAUAAGUUAGUCGGAAUGAAUUCUGGCCUUGAGCGACUGGGUAUACUACUAGCAACUGAUGCAAAUGAUGAUCGCUUUAUAGGGAUAACAGGGAUGGGUGGAAUUGGGAAGACAACCAUUGCUGAACUAGUAUUUGAGAGAAUUUCCCAUCAUUUUGAAGUCAGCAGUUUUCUUGCUAAUGUUAGAGAGGUUUAUGCAAAACAUCGUACUCUAGUUGACCUUCAAAAACAACUUCUUUUCCCAGUCUUGAAGGAAGAGAUUAAACAAGUUUGGGAUGAACUGUGGGGAACCUUUUUCACUAAGAAAUGCUUACACAACAAAAAGGUUCUGCUCAUUCUUGAUGAUGUGGAUCAAUUAAAUCAACUAGAAAUAUUAGUUGGAAAGAAAGACUGGUUUGGUAUGGGGAGUAGAAUCAUCAUUACAACUAGAAAUGAACGUUUGCUAGUUGAGCAUGGUAUAGACAUAUCAUAUAAAGUUGAGGGAUUGAGUGAUGAUGAAGCUCUUGAGCUCUUCAGUCUGAAUGCCUUUAGGAAAGAUCAACCUGAGGAAGGUUUUCUGGAAUUGUCUAAGCGUUUCCUAAAUUAUGCCAAAGGCCUUCCAUUAGCCCUUAAAGUUUUAGGAUGUUCAUUGUAUAACGAAGGUCAAGAUGUAUGGAUUAGUGCACUGGAUCAAAUAGAGAAAUGCCUAGAUUCAAAAAUAUUUGAUCCUCUCAAAAUAAGUUAUGAUGGAUUAAACAAGAUGGAGAAAAUGAUUUUUCUUGAUGUUGCAUGCUUUCAUAAGGGGAAGGGCAAGGAGCAAGUAAUUCAAAUACUGGACCAUACCCGCAACAUUUCCAGUCGUAAGGGCAUACAUGUUCUUGUUGAGAAAUCUAUGUUAACUAUUGAGAAAUUUCAUGAUCCUUUUUCAAUCGACAUCAUGGAGAUGCAUGACUUGAUGCAAGAAAUGGCAUGGGAAAUUGUUGGUCAAGAGUCUAAAGAGCCUGGUGAACGCAGUCGGUUGUGGCUUCACAAUGACAUUUCUCAUGUAUUCAUGAACAAUACGGGAACGGGAGCAAUUGAAGCCAUAGUCUUGCGUUUGCUCAAAUUAGAAGAGGUGGACUGGAAAUGUGAAGCCUUCUCUAGUAUGCAUGGACUAAGGUUUAUCGAAUUUGAUAAUUUGAUCUUUUCAUCAUGCCCAAACUUUCUGCCACAUUCCUUAAGAAGUAUCCAUUGGAGUUGGUAUCCUUCCAAGUUUCUCCCACCAAGUUUUCAACUGAAUUCACUUACUGAACUUAGUCUGCAUCAUGGAAAACUUGUUCGGCUUUGGGACGGAACAAAGGACUUCCCCAACCUGAAAUAUAUGGAUGUUAGUUACUCUGAUAAAUUAACCAGUACCCCAGAUUUCACAGGUCUACCAAAGCUUGAGAAGUUGAACCUUGAGGGCUGUAGGAAUUUAGUUGAGAUCCACCCAUCCAUUGCAGUCCUCAAAAGGCUUAGAACUUUGGAUUUCAGUAACUGUAAAAGUAUUAAGAAUCUCCCAAGUGAGGUAAAAAUGGAUUCUCUUGAAUAUUUUAGUCUUCGUGGCUGCUCAAAAGUGAAAAAGAUUCCACAGUUUGCAAGACAAAUGACAAAAUUGUCAAUGCUUUUUUUAGAUGGAACUGCUAUUGAGGAAAUACCUUCAUCAAUUGAAUGUCUGAUGGAGGCUUUAGAGUAUCUUGACUUGGCGGGAACUGUUUUAAAAGAGCCGCUUGUUAUGAUGAAAAACCUCAAGUUACUAUCUUUACGUGGGUCAAUUGCUAAACCAAGGCGCUGGUCAGGCCUUGCUGGCUUAUUUGGAAUUAGAAAGAGUCCUGAGCCUCGCCCUCAGCCUUGGGGCUUGGUGUUGUCUUCUCUUAAUCGUUUAUGCUCUUUAUUGGAAUUGGAUCUAAGUGAUUGUGAUCUAAGUGAAGGGGAUAUCCCCAAUGAUAUCGGUUGCUUGUCCUCUUUACGAGAGUUAUAUCUUAGAGGAAACAAUUUUGUGAGCCUUCCUGCAAGCAUUAGAUCCCUUUCUCAGCUUUGGUGUUUUAACUUGGAGAGGUGCAAAAGGCUUCAACUACUGCCAGAUCUUCCAUCAAAUAACGAAUUACACGUAAAUGUAAAUGAUUGUACUAGCUUAAAGAGGUUGUCAUAUCCAUCAAAGUUGAGCAGCAGAUUCGCCAAUUUGUAUGAUUUUACUUUCAGUGCUGUUAAUUGCUUUAGAUUGGUUGAAGAUGAAGGCUGGAGUGCUAGAAUAAUUUCAACAAUAAUGAAAUUGGCCACUAAGGGAAUGUAUCCAGAUUUGUACGAUAAGUAUAUUGUAUUCCCCGGAAGUGAAAUUUCAGAGUGGUUCAAUGUUCAAAGUGAGGGACAUUCACUAAAUGUGGAGCUACCUCCAGAAUCAUGCACCAGCUGGCUGGGGGUUGCUUUUUGUGUUGCUUUUGCAGAUCAUUGUUAA